AUGGAACAACCUGAUGAUAUUAUAUCAGUUUUGGGUUCUUUCCGAGCCGAUACUUCAUAUCCAAGAAAUUUAAGUCAAACGACAUUACAUACUCAUGAAGCAUCAACGCUCGCUAUACAUUUAUCUAAUCACUUACGACUUGUUCAAAUAACGAAUUAUAUUGAAGUUAUUAAGUAUCUUUCAAUCUUUUUCGAAGUUGAUCAUGAUUCACCAGUUUCAUUGUUACCUGAAAUACAAAUUGGUAUCUUCUUCCUCGGAAUGAAGAAAAUACGUGUGGUAAAAUUAUCUAUCCAAGGAACAUGGGAAAAAUUUCUUAAUACAAGUUCACAGAAUUUAUCUUAUAUAUUGGAAGAUAUUAUUAAGAUAACGCGAUUAGAUCCAUAUGUUUAUUGGCAGAAAUAUGUAAUACCAUAUCUCGGGUCACAACAGCAAGCAGUCAUAGAUAAAGUAGUCGAUAGUCUUUUUGAUAGAUUACCAUUCUUACUUGAUCAUGAUCAUGAUGUAAACUUAAAAGAUGUUCUGGGAAGAACUUCUUUUGUACCUGUUGGCACAUAUAAAAUGUCUCAGCAGCAACAAAUGCCCGCUGGAGUAAAAUUGGUUAAACCAACAGAAUUAUUUGAUCCGGAAAACAGGAUAGUAGUUGGUCUAUUUUUUGAAGAAGAGCAAGUCUUUCCAGCUGGAAUAUAUGGCAUUCCUAGAAACAUGUUUUCUAAUAACGUUCAUGAAGAUUUAAUUCAUGAAAAAGCACUUAACCUAUUUAAAUAUAUUGAUAACAAUUGGGACGAGUUAACCAAUAAUAAUGAUCGUGGAUUUUUGAAUGUCGUUUUAAGGAAGGAAUGGAUCCCUACAUUUGACAUAUUUGGGAAAAAGGUUUUAUCGAAACCUCAAAACUGUUACUGUCAAAAGGAUAAAGAUUUAUGGGAUGGAUAUCCAGAAGUUCAAAAAGUUCUAAAACAGUUGAAAAUAUGUUAUGUAACUACUAACAUGCCAUUACAUGAGAAUUUGGAGAAGAUAUGUAGCGCGAUUUACUAUAUGAAUGAAGUCUUUCAAGCAAAUGAUUCAACUGCUGAGCAGGAUUUCGAAAUUAUAAAGAAAAAAAACCGUGGAUAUUAUGUGAGUGAUAUUGUUGAACUUCCCGUGGAAUGUACGCCUUUAUUUAAAGCCAUGGGAGUUCGAAAUGAAAUUGGAAACAUGGAUUUGAUAUUGAUUAUUAAGAAUAUGAGAUAUUAA